AUGGGACCCCACGCGAGAAGGGGAGGCCAGCAAAACCCCCAAGGCAGGUUCCCUCCUGCACACCCGAGAAUCUUUCAUGGGGAACUCCAAGAACUCAGCUACGCCCUGGAAAUGGAGAGAGCCGGGAGGGUUGAAGACAACCAGAAACUGGCCCACCUGGAGGCCGAGCUGGAAGAGACGAAACUCCAGUUAAAGAAGCAGAAAGCUCUCAAAGAAACGUUUAUCAACGAGGCCAAGGAGGCAAAGAGGGAACUUGAGAGACUAGAGAAGUUCAGCGAUCCAGCAGUCCUUAACGCAGCGGUCAUUGCUUCCAAGGUUCACAACGAUGUGAAGUACAUGAAGAAGAAGAACUUGCAAGAAGACUUUGAGGAGUUAAAGGUGGCCCACCUCCUCAGCCGGGAAGCGUUUGUAGCUGAAAUACAAGCUGAGAGAAAGAAAAGUCUGGCCCUCCAAGAAGAACUGAACCAACUGCAGACUUCAUACGAGGAGCUGCGUUCCCAGUAUGAAGCAGAUGAUGCUCUGCUGAGGCAGGAGGCCGAGACACAAAAGUAUGAUGAAGCAAGGCUCAGUGAGGAACAACGGCUGUUGGAGAACUUGAGAGCUGAAAAGGAUGAAAUGUAUCAAGAAAUGUCUCAAAAGAUCAAAUUCCUGCAAGGCAGUGAGAAACUUCUGCAGGAGGAAUUAAUUCAGCUGAAAUGUUCAUACAAUGAGCUCAAUUGUAAAUACGAAAGGGAUGUUUCUGGAUUGAAGCAAGACAUGGAUAGAUAUCAGGAGGAAGUGAGACAUGCGACAGAUGCCAACAUAGAAAUAGACAACGAGAAUCUGCAGCUCAUCAACAAGCUGAGAGCUGAAAAGGAGGAGCUCCUCCAAAAAAUGUCAGGAGAAAUCGAGACAUACCAGCAGCAGGUAGAGCAGGAGAGAAAAGCUCACCUGGAGAAAACAGAGGAGGACAAGAAGCUUUUAGACAAUAUGAGAGCUGAGAAGGAGGAGCUCCUCCACAAAAUGUCAAGAGAAAUCUCAAUUCGGCAAAAGAGGGAGAAGCAAAUGCUGCAUGAACUGGACCAGAUUCACACUCUCUACGAGGAGCUAAAAUGUAGAUAUGAAAGAGACAUUAUGGACAUACAGCAGCAGGUUGAGAUAUACGAACAGAAGGUAAAGCAGGAGGAAGCUGCUCUUUCAAAGAAAGGAAAGAAAGAAAAGCUUAUCCAAGAGAGAAAACAUUCUGCGCUGAAACAAGAAGUCGAAAAACUUCAGCAGCAGGUAGAGCAGGAGAGAACAGCUCACCUGGAGAAAACAGAGGAGAACAAGAAGCUUCUAGACAAUAUGAGAGCUGAGAAGGAGGAGCUCCUCCAAAAAAUGUCAGGAGAAAUCGAGACAUACCAGCAUCAGGUAGAGCAGGAGAGAAAAGCUCACCUGGAGAAAACAGAGGAGGACAAGAAGCUUCUAGACAAUAUGAGAGCUGAGAAGGAGGAGCUCCUCCACAAAAUGUCAGGAGAAAUCUCAAUUCGGCAAAAGAGGGAGAAGCAAAUGCUGCAUGAACUGGACCAGAUUCACACUCUCUACGAGGAGCUAAAAUGUAGAUAUGAAAGAGACAUUAUGGACAUACAGCAGCAGGUUGAGACAUACGAACAGAAGAUUUACAAAAAUGAUUUACAAAGAGCAAGAGACAAUCUACUGCUGGCCGACAGUCUGAGAGCCGAGGAAGUAGGUUUCCAACAACAACCCAUCACGGUUUCCCAAGAGAAGGAAGAAGAAUCACAGAACCAAGUUAAAGUCUUAAAUCAAGAGGUUUCUUCAGAGGAGGAUCUCUCAGGAGAACCUUUACCAGGUUCUUCCACGGAUCCAGAAUCCUCAGAAGAGACCGAGGUCGCUGGAGAAACCCUACUGGAGGAUUUGGACAAUCCAGAUGACAGGUCCAAGGUGAGGAACCAGACCAAGUGCAGCCCAAAGAUCCCUUAUGAUGAAAACGACCAUUGGAAACAAUGGUUCUGCUCGCCCGUACAUGAGGUCCCACCCUGGAGCCAGACCUGGGGGUGGGGCACGUUGGGGGAGCCCCUGGUGGCCGGGCUUUAA